AUGCAAAUAUUUAUCAUUCUAAACUACCAUGUUUAUUGCUCGAAACCCCAAACAGACGGACGAUUUGUUACAGUCAACGAUGGAGUUUCGCGCAGCUUUUGUCAAGCCAAUGAACUUUGUGCCACAUUGAAGACAAUCGAUAAAAAGUAUUGUUUAUUGGGUUUUAACUAUCCUGAUUGGUUGCAUGGCAAGAAUUAUUCAACUGGAAGAUUUUGGACUAGUCUUGUUAAUAUAUUACCAGAAGUCGCUUCAGGAUUGAAAUCGAAGUUGGAUUGGCGUGAUGGGAACUAUCUGAGUGAUUCUGUGAUGUCGAUGAAUAACAGUAUACAUGAAAGGAGAGGAUCAUUGAUCUUAGAAUUUCCGAAAAGUAAUUUGAUGCCUAAUUUACUGUCAUCACGACAUAGCUGUGCUGUCGUUUGUGAAUUAAUUCAGAAUGAGAUGCAGACAAUGUCGACGUUUAAAUUUAUACCAUUCUCCUCAAAAUUCACUAUCAAAUUCAUAAAUACUAAUCACCAACUAGAUUCAUGUUACACUCAAUUUCGUUCAUCUGAUCUGCAUGACUGUUUAUACAGGUUAUGCUUACAACGAAGAGUAUCUAUUGUGUUGCUGGAUUAUGUGAGUAUAUAA